UCAUAAACAAAAUAAUUGAUACGAUAUAAAAGAACGAUUUUGAAGCAGUGAAACAGUAUUCAUAAGAAAUCCUUCGAAUAACUUCAAAGAAAGAAUUUUUAGACAUGUUAGAGAUGAUGAGAUUCCAGACCAUAUUCUUAUCGAUGGCAGUGACCACAAUGAUAGUAGCUGCUUACUCACCAACAGAACAUGCAUUAGACAUACAUGGAGUGAAGAAGAUUUUACAGGUCAAAAACACAGUUGGAAGAGACAUAGACGGGCGUCGUGGUGUCGGAUCCCUUUCUGUACUAGAUGUUAUUGAUGCAAAUAGACGAGCAGGAUCAAGAGCAGUUGGAACAUCUCAUGGAAUAGACAGUACGAGAUUAUCUCGGGGUUCUGUUGGAAGCAGGGCAUCUGUUUCUGAAAUCAUUAGAGGCUCCUCAGCUAGUAUGUCACGUGCUUUAUCUGACGAUGACAGUAUCAGUAACUGUCAUUAUGGGUGUGGAGGAGAUAAAUUAUGUCGUUCAGGACAUAAAUGUAUUCACAAUGGUUGUAGCAGCUACUGCGUCGAAAUUUCAUCUGGAAGUAUAAUUGGUGCAUCUGGAUUGUCGGACUCUAUAAGAAGGGAAAUUAUUAGAAGUUUAUCAUCUGACUUGACCAGAGUUUCAAGUAAUGAUGGUCAUUUAUCCGCUGGCAGCAGAAUUGGUUCAUCUGGUCUGGCUAGAAAUUUGGGCCUAUCUAGCAAUUCUCAUUUGGAAAAUAUAGGUAGUAGCCGUGUAAUGUCUGGUCAUACAGGUUCUGAUAUUCUUGACGUAACCAACCUUAGAAGAAGUGGACUUGAUGUAUUAGACACAGUUUCUUUAAGACGUGGUGGAUCAGUACGUACUUCUGGUUCAGGAGUCGUUUCACAGUCAGUAUUAAAUGGGAAAAUUGGUUGUAAAAAAGACUGUCUUGCUGAUAGAGAUUGUCCAACCAACAAAUACUGUGCAGCUGUUAAUUGUCACAUGAUUUGUCGAAGAAGGCCGUCUAAUGGAUACACACGAUGAACAUGAUAACACUGAAAUCCACACACACAGUAUUUUUUUUUAAAUAAAAGGAAAUGUUGAAUACAG